GAAAUCCAUCAUGAACGCCGAAGAAGCUGAAUCUUAUCAAUAUCAAUUAGAUCAAGUCGAUCUCGCACUUUCUAAAGAUCCAGAUAAUGAAGAACUAAAGAAACUUCAUCAUGAUCUCAAAGAACUAAUCGCCCUCACGACUCAAUUUGAGUCUGCACAGCAGCAACAACAACAACAACAGGCACAGCAACAGCAAACACAGCAGACUUCAACAAAACGAAGCAAUGCAUCGUCAACAAAUCCUAUCCUUUCAACACCAAUCUCCACAGCUUUAAAAUCCAAUCAAUUUACGGUUGGACAAGAAGUAAUGGCGAAAUACGCUGGUGAUGGGGAAUUCUACCGGGCUACCAUUACAGCCAUCGGUGGUGCGGACCAAGUGUUCUCGGUUGUCUUUCGUGGAUACCAGGACAAUGAGCUUGUGAAGGCGGAGGAUAUCAAGGCACUUGAUAAUAAAAAGCGACAGGGAAUCUUUGAGGAAGCACCUAAACAACCACUUGCUGCACCCCCAAAGAAAAAGAAGAAAGAGAAAACACCAGGAGUAAAAAAAGUCAACGAGACUGAAGUAAAGAAGAACGCUUGGUUAAACUUUGCAUCAGGAUCUGAUAAAAAGAAGAAGAAGGUAGCAGCACCCAUUAACAAAAAGAGUAUUUUCAAGACACCGGAUAAUCCCGAAGGAAGAGUUGGUGUUGUUGGCAGUGGUCGUGGUAUGACUACUUUCCAACAGAGAGGCAAACAUGUGUAUGCAGACGGCCAGAAUAACGUGGGCGCAGGUGAAGAAGAAAAUUAGAAUGAUAUGUCAAUAAAGAGGUGGUGGUAGUGGGUAGUGUGUGACUUGUUGCCAUUGCAAAUAGCCAAACUGCCAGAUUUGGCCCUUUGGAG